GAUUCUCAGUUGGGUUUUUUCUACGAAUCGUAGCACAUCAAUAAAUCUAUACAUUUCGGAAUUGUUUGAAAAGUGUGAAAAGUUGGAAAUCUAUAGAGAUGAAAGUAUUUGUGAUUCUAUUGCUGGGCCUGCAGAUAUUUUGGGCAGCAGCCGCAGCAAAAACAACAGUUGCCCCGUUGCCGGUAAUAUCCCCGAACUUGGACCAACAAUGCGGUUCUUAUUGUUAUACCGUAUUAAGAACCUCAAUGCAAACUGGAGAUCAAGCUAAAAAGGACCUUGAGGCUAGUAAAAUUACAAUUCAAAACAAGGAUGAAGAGAUAAAGCAACUUCAGUCAAAAAUAAACAAUCUACAAGCUAAACAGUCCGUUUUUAGUGAAAACGAAGCUGAACAUGAAGAUACAAUUCAAUCAACUGAUGAUCUAGUGUCAAGCAUAAGCCAAAAAAUCGAUGCAAUAAGGAACAAAGUCAGGGACAUUACACAGAUCAACUCGGGAGCUAAAGAGCCGCAAAAAUAAAGAAAUACUAAAAAGGGAAACAAUUACGGAUUUUUUUCUGAAUUAAAUUUCCUUUUCUAAAAUAAAAGAACAUUUCAACUA